GUCUGUCACUGUCAGAAGUGUCAAAUGAGCGCGAUUCGCGAUUCCCGUUUCUGUUAUUGUUUUUAAUUAUAAAUAUAAUACAUUUAUUUAUUCAAUUUACAGUUUUUACAUUAGGAACGACUGAGAAUUUACCAUAUUUCUGUUCUACAACUAAUUGGAAGUAUCACCUAAGAAGCACGUGGUUCCGUGCCACAAGAAGGCUGGUACCACCGCAGUCCGCCGUUCAACUUUUUAGAACCAGCUUGUUUGAUCAAGUACUUCGUUCGAGGUGGGCUGUCGAGGCAGAGCUGUCGUCGUGAUGAAUCGUGCUUAGUUUGUGGUUACAGUGAAAGUAUCUAUUACCUGCCGUAGAAGAAUUUCAUUUCACCAUCCGAUAAAUAGUUUUUAGUUAGUUGAAGUAUUAAAAGGGAAUGGCAAUGGUUGGCGCAAAGGAUAAUAAAAGAAUGUCAACCCUCCUAAAAUGGGCCCAAAAUACUCAAGGUAAAUUCAAUGGAAAAACCACCAACGGUACAACUAACGGUGAGAGAAAAUGGAUCCAUCCUCCUGAGGCUUUACAAAAGGGACAUAUAGCAUAUCUUGUAAAAUUUUUGGGUAAUACAGUGGUAGAUCAACCAAAAGGAAUAGAAAUAGUCAAAGAAGGUAUUCGUAAGUUAAGAUUUAACCAACAAUUAAGGAAAAGUGAGAGUGGUGCCAAAACGAGGAAAGUAGAACUAACGAUCAGUAUUGAUGGAGUUGCUAUACAAGAACCUAGAACUCAUAGUAUAAUGCAUCAAUUUCCUCUACAUAGGAUAUCGUAUUGUGCCGAUGAUAAAGGAGAAAAGAAGUUUUUUUCGUUUAUUGCAAAACAACCUAAUCAAGUCGAUAACGAAGCAGAAGAAACUCACGAGUGUUUCGUAUUCAUAUCCGAUAAAUUAGCAGAAGAAAUCACUUUAACGAUAGGCCAAGCUUUCGAAUUAGCAUACAAAAGGUUCUUGGAGACCUCCGGAAAAGAUUUGGAAUCGCAACGGCAAGCCAUGAUCACACAACAAAAAAUCAAGAGGUUAGAACAGGAAAAUAACGUUUACAAACAACGAUUGUUAGAUAUAACCCAUUUCGCUAACGUCAAACCCGAAUUGGAUAACUACUUACGAAACCACGGUAUUAAGAAUAUCUUAGAGAUUAAAAUUAACAAUGAAAAAGUAAAUAAUAAUAAUAAUAACAACAACAGUCAGUCACAAAUUAAUGGUAUUACUAAGGAGCUUCUGGAUUUGGAUUCUGAGAUAUCCAAUGGAAAUCUCCCUCCAGUACCACCUAGAACGUUUGAUAAUCUACCGAGCGUAGGAACUAAACUUGAAGGACUCUUGUUUAACGAAUUAGACCCCGACAACGAUUUCGAUCCAAGAUCUUUCGAGGCGAUUUCCCAUACCACAAACGGUAUCGCAUCUAGUCCACCGUUGAUAGCACCGCCUCCCAAAGCCCCGAGGCGUACGGCUUUAUCAGUAAACAGCAACAUCACUAACGAUUUGAACAGAUCUCCAGGUCAAGAUUUAUUCGGAACGGCACCGUUCAGUCCCAACUCGACAGGCAGUUUGACGAGCAAUAAAAUGUUGGAUCCGUUCGAAAUGGGAGAUUUCGGCACUGCACCGACACCGCAAGAUAUCGAAAACGCUAUUGGUCUGUUGGACAAGAGGAUUCUGGAAAUGAAGGUAUGUCCAAAAUGUUUUACUUUUGGUGUGUCUCAUCUCCUACUAUUUUUUUACCUAGUUCAUGUUACCAUUUGUAUAGGAGUAUGACAUUUUUCAGGAUUUUUGGAAUUUUUACGUUUUUAGAGGGAAAAUGGGGGGAGUGAAGGUUUGCAUGGGAGUAUCGAUUUUUUUAAAAGGUAGGGACUUGAAAAUUGGAAUUGUAGCUACUCAUCAUAAAUAAAUAAUGACGUUUUUCAAUUUUAAGGAGGGAAAACGGGGAGGGGAGUGAAAUUUUGUGUAGGAGUAUCGGUUUUUUAAAGGUAAAAUAAAUAAAAAUAAUAAAAAAAAAAAAAUGAAAAUAAAUCAAAAUUAAUCAAAAUAAAUCAAAAACAAAAAAAAUUAAAAAUAUCAAAAUAAAUAAAAUAAGAAUAAAUAUAAAUAAAAUAUUUACUCUAUUUAUGAUUCACAUAAAUAAUAUAUAAUAAACAAUAUACAGGGUGUUCCAAUAUAAAGUUUUAAUAGCUUAAUACUCAAGAAUGAAAACAGAUAUAGACGUGCAAUUUUCGCUAAGCUUCUUACAUUUCCUUCAAGUUUUUUUUGACAUAGUUGCCAAAUUUAUAUUUUUUCCCGAAAUUGCUGAAAUAAAAAAUGAUAUUUUAAUUUUAAUAAAUUUGAGUGUGUUCGUUUUUGAUCUACUUGACAUACAUUUUUCAUCAUUUCUUAACGUCAGUCAUAUUUCCAACAAUCUUACAAUUACAUGUUUUUGAUGUAGAUUUAUAAAAAAUAUCUCCCUAAAUCUUUAUUAAAUAAUCACGAUGUAUACAUUUUUGAAAAGGGGAAGAAAGGGUCUUUCA